AUGCCGCCGCCGUCCACCCGCUUGCCGGCAGCCACUCCGGCGCUGGCGGCCACCACGCCCACGCUGACGGCCACCCCGGCCCUGACGACCUCCUCCUCCUCGCCGACGGGCACUCCUCUCUCCUUCCCCGGGCGCUCUGCUCUCUCCCCGGAUGCGGCUCCGUUUUUCCCUUGCAGCCACUCCGAAUGCCGGGGGAAGCGGCUCCGAUGGAGAGACGACACCCCACCCCUCUCCGACGAUGACGGCUCCCCGUCCUACCGUGACAUCCUGCUGCGGCAACCGAGGGCGGCCUCCCCUGCCUCAACUCCGGCGGCGGCGCAGGUCGACGCGUCGGCGCCUGUGCCCACUCUUCGCUCCAUCGUGGUGUUGCCUCCACGUGGCGAGGGUGGGCACCGCAGGCGUCUUCGUCGGCGGGGCUGCCGGCUACCCUCUCCACCACCCUGA